AUGGGGGUUCUGACUCAGGUGAGGAUUGAGAAGAUUCAGGUUCUGAGUCAGAACCGUUCUGACUCAGGGUUCGAUUCAGAAUCUGAUACGAAGCCUGAAAUAGGUGAAGAUUCGGGAUCCGAUUCCGGUGAAGAUUCAGGGUCUGAUUCGGGGUCCGAUUCCGGUGAAGAAUCAGGGUCUGAUUCAGAGUUCGAUUCCGGUGAAGAUUCAGGGUCUGAUUCGGGAUCCGAUUCAGGGUCUGAUUCAGAUUGCGAUUCAGGGUCGGAUUCGGAACUUGAUUCAGGGUUUGAUUCGGGUUCUGAUUCAGGGUCCGAUUCGGGUUCUGAUUCAGGGUUCGAUUCAGCUGAAGAUUCAGGUGACAGUACACCAGAAAGCUUGUCAGAAUCAGUACCAGAAUCUCUUCAAUCCUCACCUGAGUCAGAACCCGAACCGAACCCUGAAUCAGAACCUGAAUCAGAACCUGAAUCUUCACCUAAAUCAGGUCCGAAUAGAUCGAGAAGGAGAGGCACUACCCAAGUGGAACCGGGUUACAACAAAUGUGAAAGAAAACUUCCUUCUUAA